GGUCAGUUCAAGUUGUUAAAGGAGAACAGCCGCAAACACGUUUGGCAAGGGAGAAGGUCUGAUGCGGAUGAUAAGUUUUGUCGGACGAUGGAGGUGCCACAUACGUCACGGAGUUGCAAUCAUCGAAGACUAGAUCAGGGAAGGGAAAAUUAGAAAAAACAAAAUAGUAGCUAGCAGCCUGGAGGCCUGUCGAGGAUCCGGAUCGACAUCACCUAUACAAUCGCGCACAUCGCAUUUAUAAGCCGAAUAACGCAAAUAUUAAUUUAAUUCACAUUUCGAAAUUCGCGGCAAUGGAUACCAGCGUCCGACACGCGCCCGCCGUAACACUCACGACUUGCUUCUCAAAAUGUUGCGGAGAUCAAGCUUCCGGACAGGAAACAGAUACAGGGUCCAUUCCUCAAGACGUCGCUAUAACCGUCGCAAUACGUUCCGUUGGCUCCUAAGCAUAUGUCUGGAGAACCUACCCAAGCGCAAAUGGGAUCAAGUCGUCAUGUUCAUGUUUAUUUUCGCUCUCUUCCCCUUCCUUCAUGCACUUCUCGGUAUCGGGGGGAAAGUAGAGCAACAUGUCAGUCGCCCAGCGAAAGCAACCAGCGGGCCUCCAGAUACAUCGCAAGGAAGUGACAUAGGUGAAGCCACUCCCCUCAUGAACCAGCUGCUUGCGAGUGACACUCACGCGGGCUACCCAGUCGGGGUUUCUGAGCACAUCACGCACCCUACACGCGCGCCCAUUGCAUUGACACCACAAGAUGCAUUCCCUGACCCGACCUCCCCAGUUUCCCACUCAGAGACAACGCCUACAAUGCCUUCAGCGUCUGCGUUCGCACAGACACCUGAACCUGUUGCUCCAGCUUGGCUCCAGGAAGACAAGAACGGGGAAGGUAUGCCCUAUGACCCAUUCUAUCUCGAAUUCAACGGCGUGUCAUGGAGUACGCCAACAAAGCGAUCUAGACAGCCACUGGUGCAAAGAACUCGGAGCAUCCGGCGAAUGCAAAGGGUAACGUUCAGGAGGUGUUCCGAAUGCCAAUGAGGAGUCAAGAAAUUGGCGGGUCCCAUCCGGGACACCAGUCGAUCAGCAAAUGUUCGUUUAUGUGAUUAUUUCAUUUUCUACGUACUUGUCGACAUGUAAAAUGGUCUUGAUGAAUCUGUCCGUACACUGCACAGUGACUAUGUCAACUUGAAUGGGCGGGAGUGCACUGUAGUGGUAAG